GUGACGCGGCCGAGGCUGGCGCCCAUGCGCGUAAAAGCGCGAGAAGAUGGCGGACAGUGCGGAACUGAAGGUUGGAAAGAAUUAGUUUCAUACUAAGGAAAUGAAGGUGGAGAUUACUGGUACUCCUCAUCAGAAGGGAAAAUGAGCAAUAUGGCAAAUGGUUAUGAGCCUUAGAGUGUCAGAGCUCCAAGUGUUAUUAGGCUAUGCUGGAAGGAACAAACACGGUCGUAAACACGAACUCCUGACAAAGGCACUGCAUUUAUUGAAAGCUGGCUGCAGCCCAGCUGUUCAGAUGAAAAUUAAAGAACUAUAUAGGCGGAGAUUUCCACAGAAGAUAGUGACUCCCACCGAUUUGAGCCUUUCUUCUGUCCAUGCAACUUCAGCUUCCAUGACCACGCCACUGUCGCCAUCUGCUCUCCCACAGCUCUCCUACGAUGGGCAUGCAACAACAUCUCCGCUGCUUGCUGUUUCACUGUUGGGACCCAAACAUGAACUAGAUCUGCCACACCUGACAUCAUCACUCCAUCCCGUCCAUCCUGAUGUAAAACUGCAGAAAUUGCCUUUUUAUGACAUUCUUGAUGAGCUCAUCAAACCAACUAGUCUCGCUUCAGAUAAUGGCCAGCGGUUUCAGGAGACUUGUUUUGCAUUCGCACUGACACCACAGCAAGUUCAACAGAUCAGCAACUCAAUGGACAUAUCGGGGACCAAGUGUGACUUCACAGUGCAGGUUCAGUUACGGUUUUGUUUAUCAGAAACUAGUUGUCCACAGGAAGAUCAUUUCCCCCCAAAUCUUUGUGUGAAAGUAAAUGGAAAAACUUGUAACCUUCCAGGCUACCUACCACCAACCAAAAAUGGUGUUGAACCAAAGCGACCCAGCCGACCGAUCAACAUUACCUCACUAGUCAGAUUGUCCACGACAGUGCCGAACACGAUUGUGGUUUCGUGGUCAGCAGAAAUCGGAAGAAGCUACUCCAUGGCAGUUUACCUUGUAAAACAGUUGUCUUCUGCUGUGUUGCUUCAAAGACUACGAGCAAAAGGAAUAAGAAACCCGGACCAUUCCAGAGCAUUAAUCAAAGAAAAAUUAACAGCUGAUCCUGACAGUGAAAUCGCCACAACCAGUUUGCGGGUGUCUCUUUUGUGUCCUCUGGGCAAAAUGCGUUUGACAAUCCCAUGUCGCGCUAUAACUUGCUCACAUCUCCAGUGCUUUGACGCAACACUUUACAUUCAGAUGAACGAGAAGAAACCGACGUGGGUUUGUCCAGUGUGUGAUAAGAAGGGUCCUUAUGAACAUCUAAUUAUUGAUGGAUUGUUUAUGGAAAUCCUCAGUUGUUGCACAGACUGCGAUGAAAUUCAGUUUAAGGAAGAUGGAGCAUGGUCACCAAUGAGAAUGAAGAAGGAAGUUCAGGAAGUCAAUUCGUCUUUUAAUGGAGUAGAUGGUGCAUGUCCAAGCUUACCCGAGCAGAGACAUUCAUCACAAGAUAACAGGAAGGUUGAAGUGAUUGAUCUGACGCUCGACAGCUCAUCAGAUGAAGAAGAUCAAGAGCCACCUGCGAAGAGAUACCCUGCCAUUUCUUCUCCUUCACCACCCAUCAACAAAGGAGUUUUAAAUCUGCAUCAUCAGACAUCACCAGUCACAAGAACUCCCAGUAUACCUACUCUGGACUCAAACUUCAUUUCUGCUCCUUUUCAAGAUUACCGUCAUUCUUACCAUUUACCAACUCUGCCGUAUGAAUUGCAAGGUUUAGAUCUAUUUCCCUUCUUGCAAGGGGACAAUCAGCAUUACAGCACCUCCCUCCUUGCCGCGGCAGCAGCUGCAGCCAGUGCUUCAGAGGACCAGGACCUCAUUCACACCUCGCUCAAUCGAUUCUUUCCGUAUAGCUCUUCGCAAAUGUUCUUGGAGCAGCCAAACUCGGCACCCACCAGCACGCUGGCGGUGACCAAUGGCAACAGCAGCGGGAGCAACAGCAGCCUCGUCUCCUCCAGCAGCUUGCGGGAAAAUCUUGGACACGCUGGCGCUACCCGGAGCAGUGUGGAGAGUGGCACCAUUUUUGGCACCAUCCCAGAUGUUAUUCCGUUGGACUGAUGUUUGAAAUUAUGGUUAAUUUUUUUGUGUGGUAGGGCUGGGAAAGGGAGCGAAAGAAGGAAAAAGUCUGGUUUGUUUCACCUUUUAAAAAGAAAAUUUAGAAGUGUAGAGACCCUUUUUUUAAAUAAAUGCAAAAUUAAAAAAAAGACACCAUGUACAGAGAACAAAAUACUAUAUUUUCAGUUAACUUUUGUAUAUAAAUUCAAGACUGUCUGUCUUUUAAGGUUAUUUCAGUUUACUUUGUGAAAGCAGAGUUUUUACGAUGUAUGUGUCUGUUCCGUGAUAUUACUUUUUGUAUUUGUUGUUCAAUGGCAUUAUUUCUUCCACAGUUGACAUUAUUUGAAUUAGAAUUUUUUCAUUUGUGUACUUCACUGUAGAAUAUUUCUUUUGGAAAGAACUAAAUGUCAAUGGUUGACGAUGAUACUUUCCUUUUUUUUGUGCAAAUAAUUUUAUUAUUCUUUAAGUUAUGUAAAGUAUCUUGGCUGUUUGUCACAUCAUUCCCUCUGCGUUAGCAGGAAGUAACUUUGGGGAAUGCACAGUACCGUACUGUUUAUUUUUUUCACAAAAAAAAAGGCCAUUUCUGGUAAACAUUUGGGGAGGGUGGUGGUGAAGGUUAUGGAUGACCCUUUCACAAAUCCCACACGUUCCUUAUUUUAAUAAAGUAGCAUUCUUCAGGCAUUAAGGAAUUGUAAUAAGGGAGGGGAUGCAUCCUUUUAUUCCUGUUUCUCUAAAAGGCUCUAACUGCAGAAUACUUCCAGUUUGCAAACCUGUUAUUUUUCAUUUCACUUCAUCCAUAUGCACUAUUUCCUGACCAGGCAUUGUCAUAUUACACCCAACUUGCUGGAAAGAAGCCCGAUUAGGUAUGGAAUUUAUCCCCGUCUUUCAAGUGCCCCACUUAGCCAAGCACUAGCUUCUACUGCGUUUUCCCAGUUUAAACUUGACUGCCAGAAUUUGGGUAUUUCUAGUUUCCUGAUGCAUUGUCCCCUAAACUAACUACACUGCCUCUCGUCCAAUCCUUGACUUUGUUUUCCUUCAUGUUUCUGUGAUCUGUUCCGUGUUUGGUGUGUUAGGGUCUUUGCCAAGAGUGGAAGUAAUGAACCAAAUUCCUUUUCUCCCCUCAAUAAAUGUUACAUAUUCUCCUUUCAGAUCCUUGAAUCUAAAAGAAUUCUUAAACUAAUGGUUGGAAUGCACACAGAGUAAGAUACGCAUUCCAACCAUUGAUGUACUAAAAAAAGUAAAUGUCUUCUCUCCACCAUUCCCAUCUUGCUGUUAUACAUUGGUCGAACAGUUCAUUUCUAAAUGCCCUGGAGGGUUUUAUGCCUGAAAAAAAGGUGUAAACUACCCAGUGCCUCACUAAGGCCAUAAAUUAGAAUAAAAAGACCAUAAGGCAUAGGAGCAGAAUUAGGUCAUUUGGCCUAUUGAGUCCCCUCUGCCAUUCCGUCAUGGCUGAUUUAUUUUCCUUCUCAACCCCAUUCUUAUAUCCCACGCUGAAUUCUCUGCUGACCCACUAACUGAUAACAACCUGUGCAGUUAUAAUUGCUCACAACAUCUGAUAGAGUAAAGGGGAUAAUCUUGUUGGUAUUGUUCUUCUAUUGACCUGUAUUUGAAAUGCGUGGGCUGGGAUUAUGUUCAUCCACAACAUGCUAGUUCCUUCCAUGACGACGUCCAACCUAUGCAGUAGAAGACCUAGGAAAGAUUAGUGGCGACUGGAAAGUGAUGGGCUUCUGUGCAACAGGGAAGCGAGGAUAGUAAUUAGCAAGUUAUAAUCAAAAGGAGCAAAUGUUGGGUAAUGAAAGUGGGUUCUUGAAAACUUCAGAGGAUACAGAGCAGCAAGAGUAGAUCUAUCUCAGCUGCUGCUUCAGUGAGCUUAAGGUUAAAGUUAAUUUUCAGCAUCUGCUCCAUACUCAAAGUUCAAAAGUUUAAAAUUCAAAAAAGUACAUAACGUCACCAUAUACAUCCCUGAGAUUCAUUUCCUUGUGAGCAUACACAAUAAAUCCAUAAUAAAAUAAUAACCAAAAUAGAAUUGAUGAAAGAAAAAUGCUUGCUGCAGAUUGCAGUGAAAGUAACUUGAAAAAGAUAUAUUUGAAAGUAUAUUUAGUAGUAUCUGCAGCCUACAGAACAUCGCCUUGGUGUACUGGUGCCAUCGUGAACUGCAAGGAAUCGAUGGUUUUGCAAGCCGUUGCAUGUGAUUCAAUAGGGAUAAAACUGAAGUUGGCUGGUAUGUUGUGGAAGUGAAUCACUAUCAGGUGUCGUUUGGCCAUGGGCCACUGGGGAGAUGGUUCAUGCUUU